AUGUCUGACCCUACAGCUAACCCGGCACAAAUGCGGGUGGACACGCUCGACCCAGGGAAGGUUAAGCUCCCAGAUUUGGUCGAGGAGCAUACGGACCUAUGGUUCUGGCAAGUCGAGGCGGCCUUCGAAGCGGCAGGCAUCGUAUCCGAUAAAAAACGGUAUUACACCAUAAUCGGACAACUGCCCACGCGCGUUAUGUACAAGCUAGCCGACUUCCGCACAAAUCCACCGGCACGAAACGAAAUGUACGACAAUCUUAAGGCCCGAAUUAUCAAUGAAUUCGCCGACAGCACACAAACAAAAUUGACAAAGCUGCUCAGCGACCUAUCACUCGGCGACCGCAAGCCGUCGCAGUUGUUAGCCGAAAUGCGGACCAGGGCGGCAGCUACCCCAGUAACAGACGAGCUCCUAAAGCAGUUAUGGCUCCGAAAUCUCCCAGAACAGAUACGCGCAAUACUAUCCGCAGACGAGCACAUAACUUUGGUAAACGCAGCAACGAUGGCCGACCGUAUCAUGGAGGCUACUAGAAGUAGCGGCGCUUUUAUACACGCCGUUCAGCAAAGCCCUCUGCAGACAACAAGUGUACGCCAAAACGCCAGUAAUGAACCUGCAAGCCAAAUCGAGGAAAUGCAACGCCAGAUUGAGGCAAUCUCACGCGACCUGCGGAACAUCAAACGGCCAUACCGUGGUAGCCAACGUAGAUCAACGCCGACACGAUCGAGUUCACGAAGUCGAGAACAGCACGACACCUGCUGGUAUCAUUACAAAUAUGGGACGAAUGCUCGCAAGUGCAGGCCACCAUGCAAGUUCGACCGCAACGCUAGUGGUACACAACAGAAUCCAAAAAACUAG